AUGCGUUUACUAUCAGAUCUAAAACUUAGCGCACUACUGGCAUUCAGUGAAACAACAUUGGCACGGAAAGUAGAACGAGCCAACGGAGACGGUCUGGAAAGGAAGAGAAAGAGCGAAGAGAAGGGCAAGCCGUGUUGUGUCGAAGCAAGAGACGGCUUCCAGGUGUUGGCUAGGCCGUGGGUCGCGCUCGAACGUCUUCCGGCGUUCUCCGGGUGGUUCGUGCUAGACUCGGGAAAAGCCGCCUGUGACGGCGGAAGGUCACGCUGUGCGGACGCCGUCCGUCCGCUCCGUCGGUCAUCCAUCCAGAGUGGGCGUGGCUAUCCAUGCCAAAUUCAAACGCUGCGGCGGGUGCGGCGCCAUCUGGCGCUUGUACUCACUGGCGACGACGUCGACUUACACGCCACCAGCUGCGGCCGACAUUUGAAAUUUGACGCAAAAUCACACCUCGGUAGUGAUCGAACGAUGUCGUAA